AUGGCAGUAGGAAGAAAAGACAAAAGACCGUUCAGCUCGAACCAGAGAGGUCCGCAGAAGAAGUUCCAGAGAAAACCGCAAAACAACAAGACAAAGGAAGUUGUGCUGCAGCCGCACCCCAGAUUCAAGGGCGUGUUUUUGGCCAGAGGAAAAGAAGAAACGCUUGCCACGUGCAACUUAACCCCGGGAAUAACUGUGUACGGCGAAAAAAGAAUACUUGCGGGUCCCGAAGACAGCAAGGUGGAGUACAGGGCGUGGAACCCGUUUAGAAGCAAGCUGGCUGCAGGAAUACUUGGCGGGCUGGAGUCGAUACACAUCCAGCCGGGAUCAAAGGUGCUGUACUUGGGUGCAGCCUCUGGAACGAGCGUGUCGCACGUGUCUGACCUUGUCGGGCCAAACGGCAUGGUCUAUGCGGUGGAGUUCAGCCACAGGUCGGGAAGAGACCUGCUGAACAUGGCCAAAAAGAGAAUGAACGUUGUUCCAAUUAUUGAGGACGCCAGGCUCCCGCAGAAGUACAGAAUGAUCGUGCCAAUUGUAGAUGUUAUAUUUGCGGAUGUGGCACAGCCAGAUCAGGCACGAAUUGUUGGGCUGAACGCAAAGUACUUCCUGAAGGAGGGGGGCGGUGUAGUCAUCUCAAUCAAGGCCAACUGCAUAGACUCUGUGAAGGCGCCGGCGGAGGUUUUUGCAAACGAAGUAAACAUUCUUAGGAAGCUGGAAAUCAAGCCAAAGGAGCAGACCACGCUUGAGCCAUACGAAAGAGACCACGCGAUAGUCGUUGGAAUCUACAGGGAGUCCCCCGGAGGCUCGCGAGACGGAAAAAAGAAGAAGUAA